AUGCGUUUCCGCGAUUAUGAGGAAGAAAAGAAGUACAUUCGAAAAGUUUCAGAGACACGGUACGAAAUCGAAAAGGGUUUUGUGCCGAACAUGAGAGUCGACGGGGCGUUUUACGUGAAUGAAAGUUUAGAAGAACUCGUUUUCGAGGAGCUCCGGGUUGCGUGCGGAAGAGGCAGUGCGGGCAGUUUCCUUCCGGCCGUUAAACAAGUCGCUAACGUAGCUAGCCUCCCCGGAAUAGUUGGCUACUCCCUUGCGAUGCCGGACUUGCACAGUGGCUAUGGAUUCGCCAUUGGCAACGUCGCUGCGUUUCGCACUGAUGAUCCUGAGGCAGUCGUUUCUCCCGGCGGCGUCGGGUUCGAUAUCAACUGCGGAGUGAGGCUUCUGCGCACGAAUCUCUUCGAGAACGAUCUACAACCUGUGCGAGAGCAAGUAGCUCAGGCACUUUUCGAUCACCUUCCAGUGGGUGUCGGCUCUCGUGGUAUUAUUCCAACAACGUCUCGAGACCUCGAGGAGGCGCUGGCCAGCGGCAUGGAUUGGUCACUACGCGAAGGCUAUUCAUGGGCGGAAGACAAAGAGCACUGCGAGGAGUAUGGGCGUAUGCUUCGGGCAAAUCCGGAAAAGGUAAGCGCUCGGGCGAAAAAGAGAGGCUUGCCCCAACUCGGCACUCUUGGAGCAGGAAAUCACUAUGCAGAAAUACAGAUUGUUGAUGAAAUUUUUGAUCAGGCUGCUGCGAAAAAAAUGGGAAUUGAAGAGCUUUGUCAGGUUGUGGUAAUGAUACAUUCGGGGAGCCGCGGGCUUGGCCACCAGGUGGCAACUGAUGCUCUAGUUGAAAUGGAACGAGCGAUGAAUCGUGAUCGGAUACAGGUGAAUGACCGGCAACUGGCUUGCGCUCGAAUUAAUUCAAGAGAAGGUCAGGAUUAUAUCGCUGCUAUGGCGGCAGCAGCGAACUUUGCGUGGGUGAAUCGAUCCUCAAUGACGUUCCUUGCUCGCCAAGCCUUCGCAAAAACGUUUAACUCAUCUCCUGAUGAUCUGGAUAUGCAUGUUGUAUAUGACGUUUCUCACAACAUCGCGAAAUUUGAGGAGCAUCUAGUUGAUGGACGCCCAGUGGAGCUGCUUGUUCACCGCAAGGGAGCAACGCGUGCCUUUCCUCCAUAUCACCCGUUGAUGCCGAUCUCCUACCAGGAAACUGGACAACCCGUGUUAGUGGGUGGAACGAUGGGCACUUGCAGUUACGUACUCACGGGAACGGAGCGAGCGAUGGCUGAGACGUUCGGUUCCACCUGUCACGGUGCAGGGCGCGCACGAUCGAGGAACGAGAGCCGUCGAAAACUCGACUAUCACCAAGUGCUUGAAAACCUGGAGCGGAAAGGCAUCAGCAUUCGAGUUGCUUCACCAAAGCUCGUUUCAGAAGAGGCGCCGGAGAGUUACAAGGACGUCACAGAAGUUGUCAAUACGUGCCAUGCAGCGGGAAUAAGCUGCAAAUGUGUGAAAUUGCGACCUGUGGCUGUCAUUAAGGGCUAA